AGAAAUGUAAAUAUACUAGUAAUUUGAUAUUGACAAUUAAAACAAUGCUGAAAUUCUUAGGCAACGACAAUUAAUUUUGAAGGAAUGGGUUGCAAAGACAAUAAAUGAAUUAUGAGUAUUUUAAUUAUUGAAUUUCCAAAUAAUUAAAAAAAAUUAUAUGUCAACACCAACGUAGUUUUUCAUUAACAUUUUAGAGAAGAAAAAAAAUAUUUUAAAUUAAAUACUGUUUCAACACUUUUUCAUCAUCAUUAAUUGUUCAUUCUAAAAUUACUAAAUAGUCUAUUCCUAUACAUCUGCAGAUCUAAUGAUCUAAUUUCGGAUGGCAGAUCUACAGAGUUAUCUUUUCUUGGGCGAAGAGAUUGAGUGUCUGCAGCAGACAGCGGUUUAAUGGGAUAAAAACGCUUUUUACCGAGUUUAUUAGGAAUAUUUCAAUAUUAACGUGUCCUACUUUCGAUUCUUCCCUUGUGUAUUCUUUAUAUAUAUCAUAGGGUGUAGAGCGGAUAGGAUGCUACUGUUAUCUCUGUCUGCUCUGUAUACAUUGUACAUAGCGUCAGAACAUACGCCCCUAAGAUUGGGACUUGAUAAAAGUGUUCAUAUGGAUUUAAUUUCAUACAACCCAUUCCUCAACAAAAGGAGAUUUGAUAUCCCCAAGCGCUGUUAUUUAAUAGACUAUUCAUGGAGGAAGUGAAUACGCAAAUUUAAACAAUUUUUUUUAUAAUCAUGUGAUGAUCACGCACAAGAAAGAAACAGAGAAAUACUAGCUUUUGUAGCUAUAAUGAACUAAUAAAGAAGUCUCAUAAAACAAUUCUAACGUCUGAGCAUGGACCCCCGGCGUAGUGCCCAAGAUCUGUUACUCUGUGAUCUCUGUGAGACCUCUGUCCCCCCUAUGUACUGUGAUAUUUGUGACAUACACUUGUGUACAGCUUGUGUUGGAGAACAUAUCUCUGAUGAAUCCAAAGAACACAAAGUGGUGUCAUUUAAAAAGAAAGGGUCUAUCAACAAAUGUGAAAAACAUUUCUUAAAAAUAUGUGAGCUUCACUGUGAACAAUGUGAUAUUCCUAUCUGUGUGCAGUGUGCUUCUUCAAAAGAACAUGAAGGGCAUAUAUUUGUUGAUAUGUUGAAAACACCCGAAAGCCAAAGGAAAAUAGUGGAGAGAGAUUUACAAGAAUUAGAGGAAUACAUCUACCCUAAAUAUCAAGAGAUUGCAGCUAACAUCCCAAAUAAGAAAGCUGAUCUGAAUAAAAAUUCUCAGAAGUUAAUAACUGCUAUUGACGAACAUGGAGCAGAUUUACACAGAGAAAUAGAAACCAUGAUACGAAAAGUGAAAUCUGAACUUGAUGAAAUAGACUGUAAAUAUCUCACUGUUCUCAAGAAGCAGGAAGAUGAAAUCACAUGCACUAUGUCUGAAAUCAAAGAGUGCAUUGGUAAUCUGAAGAAGAUAUUAGACUCAAACAAUGACAGCCUUGUGUCUGCGUACAAAUCAAGGAAUGCUGAAUUCAGAAGAUUGCCUCCUAACCUCGACGUUUCUCUGCCAACAUUUACCCCUCAAAAAAUCAACAAAGAACAGAUUUAUGAACAGUUUGGUUCUCUGUCGGCGUUAUCCAUAAAAACCGAAAACCAUGGCAACACAAUGGAUUAUACAAGUCUUCAAUCCUCUCCCCCGGACAGACCGCUUAUUGAUAUACCUCAGAUUAUCACAGAAAUAACCACUGUUUAUGGAGGACUUAAUAAUCCUCUGCGCAGUGUUUGCUGUUUGUAUGAUAAAGAGAUGUGGACUUGUGGUUGGGAAAACAUCAUCAGACUAUACAAUCCAAAAGGAGAACAAGUGAAGUCUAUCCGAAUCAAGCCCGGGAAUUAUCCAUCGGACAUAGAAGUGACAGGGAAUGGGGAUCUAGUUUAUACUGAUCACAAAGAUAGUACUGUGAACAUAGUGAGGGAUAGAGAGAUACAGACAGUGAUCAGACUAGAGGGGUGGAAGCCUCGGGGUUUAUGUACUACCAGUGUUGGUGAACUCCUUGUUAUCAUGUACAGUGAAGAUAAUAAACAAGUAAAAGUUGUGCGUUACUCUGGCUCCAAAGAGAAACAAAGUAUUCAGUAUGACGACAAAGGACGGCCUCUCUACUCACCUCAUGGUUUGUUCUUUUUUGACUCUAUGCUUGACAACAUGAAGUACAUUUGUGAAAACAGGAAUCUAGAUAUAUGCGUGUCUGACCGAAAAGCAAAUGCCGUAGUAGUGGUCAAUCAGGCCGGGAAACUCCGUUUUAAAUACCAUAGUUCCCACUCCUUCAUCAGGAAAACAUUGGAUCCAUUCGGUAUCACCACAGACAGUCAAAGCCGUAUCUUGGUAGCAGAUUGCUGGAACAAACGUAUCCACAUCCUGGAUCAGGACGGACAGUUCCUCCGCUACAUAGACAGCUGUGAUUUGAUUUUUCCUUAUGGUUUAUGUGUCGAUAGCAAUGACAACCUCUUUGUUGCUGAGUUAAGGUCAGGUAAAGUGAAGAAAAUUCAAUAUUGCAUAAUCCAAUCUAAGUAUCUAGCCAUGAACCCCCGUUGUAGUGCCCAAGAUGUGUUACGAUGUCAUCUCUGCGAAACGCCGGGUCCACCUCUUUACUGUGACAUGUGUUACGUACAUUUAUGUACAACCUGUGGGGGACAACAUAUCUUAGAUGAAACGGAACACAAAGUGGUGCCGUUUAAAAUGCGUGGAUCUUCUACCGUAUGCCCUAAACAUUCCUCGAAAAUAUGUGAACUUAACUGCGAACAAUGCGACAUUCCUAUCUGUGUACAGUGUGCUUCUUCCAAAGAACAUCAAGGUCAUGAAUUUGUUGACAUGGCCAAAACACUAAAACGACGAAAGAAAGUCUUGGAGAGAGAUUUACAUGAACUGGAAAACUACAUUUAUCCGAGAUAUCAAAAUACUGCCGCCACUCUCCUAGUUCAGAAAGCUGAUUUAAAUGAAAACUGUAAGAAACUGACAACUGCUAUUGACGAACAUGGAGCAGAUUUGCACAGAGAAAUAGACAGCAUUAUACAGAAAAUGAAAUCUUAUCUUGAUGAAAUGAAAUCCAAACACCUGGCUGUCCUAAAUAAACAGGAAUACGAAACCACAAGCGCCAUUUCGGAAAUUACACAGAGCAUUGCUGAUCUGAAGACUUUACUGGACUCCAAUGAUGUCAGCCGAGUCGCAGCCUACAAAUCAAGGAAUGUUGAGUUUAGCAGAUUGCCUCCUAAACUUACAAUUUCUUUACCUAGAUUUACCCCACAGAUGAUUAAUAAAGAACUGCUAUAUGAACAAUUUGGUACUUUGUCUUUGCUCUCUGUAAAAACAGAAGAGCCAGAAGAGCAUUACGUCACAAUAGAUUUGCCCGCUGCCGAGCCCUCUCCCUCGGCCAGACAGUUCAUUGAUGUACCAAGGAUUAUGACAGAAAUAAAAACUGAGUAUAGACAAUACCAACUACGUAGUGUGUCCAUUCAGAGUGAAUACAAAAUAUGGACGUGUGGUGGUGAUGACAAAAUCAUGAGACUGUACAACAUUCAGGAAGAAUUAGUGAAAUCAGUCCAAACCAAAUCAAGAAACGGACCAACAGACAUAGCGGUGACAUCGAGCGGACAUCUUGUUUAUACCGAUCAGAAAGAUAGAACUGUAAACAUAGUGAAGGAUAAAAAGAUAAAGAAUAUAAUCAAACUACGGGGUUGGAGGCCUGUCAGUAUAUGUAGUACCUCCUCUGGUGACCUCCUGGUUGUCACUGUAAGCGACGAUUGGAGUCAAACAAGAGUUAUGCGUUACUUAAGCUCCAAAGAGAAACAAUGUAUACAGUACAAUGACAAUGGACAGCCUCUUUAUUCACCUGGAAGCUCUUUUAAAUACGUCUGUGAGAACAGGAAUCUUGAUGUAUGUGUAUCUGACAUUGACGCCCAUGCAGUAGUUGUGGUAAAUCAGGUUGGAAAAUUCCGAUUCUCAUAUAUUGGCCAUGCCACUAGUACCACGCGACCAUUCAAUCCACGUGGCAUUACUACAGACAGCCAGAGUCGCAUCUUGAUCGCUGACUGGGACAAUCGUAUCCACAUUAUUGAUCAGGACGGACAAUUUCUUCGUUACAUUGAUAACUGUAAAUUGCAGAGUCCGUACGGUUUAUGUGUUGAUACAAGUGAUAACCUUUUUGUGGCUGAAAACGACGCGGGAAAAGUAAAGAAAAUCCAAUAUCUGGUGUAAACAUAUUUCUAGAGAAAGCUUCACAAAUAUAUAAUAUCAUUACACAAGUGCCUUACAUUUUUAAAAACAUUACCACGUAGCCAGUGUUGAGGAUUUUAAACAAAUCACGGAGGAUCGUUUUGCGUCUUCUUGCGUAAAAUUAAAUGCAUUAUAAGAUCAUCAAAAACCUAAUAAAAAUUCCAGUAGCAUCAUGACCAGGAUAUUGUCAUAUAAGAAGCAAGUAACAUCUUCUUCAACGUACCGUGACCUACAUGUAUACAGGUUUUCUGAACCAUCUACUAAUAUGUAUUCCAUUAAACAAUAGAACAGCCUGCCAGAACACUUUAAAAUCCGUGUGCUAGCGAAGUUUGCUUUUAGUUAUUUAGACUCAUACAUCGCACUAUCAACAACUUUCAAUAAUAUAAGAGCAAACUGUUCCUCGAUAAAAUGCAAAUACAAUUAAACAUAUCAGCAUAAAAGUGGAUAAAAAUGUAAUGUUAAUCAGUUAACCAGUAGUCAUUCCUAACUUUCAAAAAUCAUAAUGAAGAUGUUGUUUAUAUAAUAGUUAUUUUUUAAAAUCAGAUAACCUGCUAACCUGAUCUUCAUUAUAACUCAAAUCACGUACCUUGUUGUGAUGAAGAUAAUUCCAAAAGGAUUUUAUUAAUUUUCCUGAUAAAUUCAAAUUCACAGAAAUCCACCUGGCAUAUCAUGUCACGAACCAUUUUUAAUACAUAGGAAAUACAGAUGCUUCUGUUUAGAUGUCUCUUGUAAUUAAUUUUUUGUUAUAUAUUUGUUUAAUAAAAGCUUUUCAAAUACGCACAUUUCCUUUUUU